AUGGGCGCCACACUCUCCUGCCUCGCCAACGACGUCUCCAUCACCGACUACCCGCACGAAGCUCCCCUGCCAGCACGACCCGUAUCACAACAACAGCUCUCCGGGCGCCAAGUCCAAGUCCCGCGACGUCAGCCCCUGCAGCUGGAGUACUCGAGCGAGCACGGUGACGAAGUUCCCAGUUACAGACGCCAGGUCGCUCAGCGUCCACGACGCGAGUCCCUGCCCGUGGACUACGAGUACGGACACGACGAAGACGUAGCGCGGUUCCCCGGCGUACGAUCUCAGCGCCAGCGGCAGCGGCCACAACGUCUGCGGCUGGAAUAUCAGUACGGCCACGAUGGCGAGAUUCCCAGAUUGCCGUAUCGAUCAUCUCCGCAACGUGGCGCUCUGCAACGGGAGGCGUCGUACGAUGAAGAUGGACGACGACGACGACGACGGCGAGGCUUCCAUCUCCCCACCGCACUUCCCCCCGCACCAGCUCCCACGGCGCUCCUCCCUACCCCCACCGCACUCGUAUCCGUACGAAUAUGA